CUCCACCUCGCGGCUACUAGUGCGGAGCUCAGGGGCUGCGACUAUUGAGAGGUGACUGUUGGGGCCGUGUGAUGUGGCCGUUCGUGCUGUGGGCGCUGCUGGCGGCGCGAGCCGGGGCCGUCCUGUCGCGGCGGCCUUCGCCGCCGCCGCCCGAGGAGGCGGCGCGCAUGGCCCGCUACGUGCUGCACGCCUGCGACUGGGGCGCACUGGCCACGCUGUCGGCGCAGGACGAGCUGCGGGGCCGGCCCUUCGCCAACGUCUUCUCCCUCAGCGACGGGCCGGCCGGUCCGAGCCAGGGCAGCGGCGUGCCCUACCUCUACCUCACCAACCUCGAGGUGUCCGUGCGUGACCUGCAGGUGAAUGCAAAUGCCUCCCUAACAGUGUCUUUAGCACAGACUCCUUACUGCAAGAAAAACAAGUAUGAUCCACAGAAUCCCUUGUGUGCCCACAUAAUCUUCGCUGGGACUGUUGUAAAGGUGAGUGACACAGAAUCGGGUUUAGCAAAACAAGCGUUAUUCACUCGACACCCUGAGAUGGAAAGCUGGCCUCGAGAUCAUAACUGGUUCUUUGCCAAAUUCAACAUUACCAAUAUCUGGGUCCUGGACUACUUUGGUGGCUUGAAAAUUGUGACCCCAGAGGAUUAUUACAGUGUCAAACCCUAGUAGAAGAAUACUGUGGAUGAUCAUAAAAACGAACUGUUUGGGCCUUUCCUGUGCUUUCUAUUUGAAACUAUUUCCCACUGAGCCAAUAAUGAAAAAUCGGAUUCCUUCUACUUUUUUUUUAAUUGGCUUACUUUGGGUGUAUCCCCAUUUCUUGUGAUCUUGUUACUGAGACUUACUGGCAGGUAUUCAUGAAAAAUGAAUUUUCAAACCAUAUGUUCUAUUGCAGAAGAGAUGUUUAUUCAAGCUGGGCUGGUUAUUUGUGUGUCCAAUAUUCCCCAGAUUCUACAAGCUCAAUCCACAGUUCUAAGUAGUUUGGUUUAUUUGUUACAGAUAACAAUUUGCCUGUGUGCAAUCUGCAAGUAGACUGUGCAGGCUUAUCUGAAACUAAUGUAUUGGCUUAGCUCUACAUGUGCCUUACUUUAAAUUUCAUGUGUUUGUAGUAUAUUUAAAAAUAUUUUAACCAAAAUUAGCUUUGUUUUGCCUUUUGAGGCAGAGUAAACUAGCCAGCUGAAUUCUACAGAGUUACUUUCAUAUAGAAGGUGUAGAGUGCUGCUUCCACCAAGCUAGAGUAUGACCAGAUGGGAACCUGCACUCUCGGAAAACCUUGAACAUUGAUCAGUGCAAUUGUAAUCUGUUCUGCUACCUACAUGACACUCAUUGCUGUAAUAUGACUGUCUUUAUGCAAACCAGACAUGACCCUCUGGUUCCUGGUAAGUUUCUAGCACAGCAUUUAGUUGGGGGAUGUUUGUGUCCUUGUUCUUCAGAUUCAAGCUAUGGUUAGGAAAGUGUCUUUUUAUAUAUAACUCUUGGGAUUGUGGUUUUAUUUUUCCUGAAAAAAAAUUAAUCAGUCCUCACUUUUUCUCAACUUCUACUCAGAAGUCAUUUAUUCACUCUGUUUCCCCUACUGUGUGUUUGGCUUCUGGAUUUAGUGUAACCACUUUAACAAACACUGUUUAAUACUAGAAUCUGAAUUAUGAAGGAAAUCCACUUGCCUUAUAAAGCAGCUGUUGGCAUAACUUCCUUGUCCCUUCCCCCGAUUAAUAGAACUCAUUUUAUGAGGGGUUUGUUUGGAGGAUAUAAGAUACUACUUGUUGUGCAGCCCAAAAGUAGAAGAACGUUUUAUGAAAUGUGUAAUAACUUAUCAAUAUGAAGUCAGCUUACAUUACUAAGAACACUUCCCUCUUUGUACUUUUAAAAUAUCCUAGUGAAGAAUACAAUCAAUAUAUGAAAUUAAACAUUUUAUCCUGUCUGUUUUCACAAAAAGCUCCAAGAAGGGGUCAUGUUAGAAUAAGUUGAGCUCAGCACGAAAAUAACUAUCUAGGGCAGUUCUUCUCAGUCUUCUUGGGCUUGAUGCACCCCUGGAUAGAUGUGGGGAACUCCUCACAAAAUGCCAGCUCUUAAGUUUUUCUGUAGCCAAAAAUAAGUGAAAAUAAUGGAGUGAUUCUUCUGUUGCAAAGAACUCAAAGACCACGACAGGGCAUGAUGUUUUUAACAUUACUGAUUCCUAUUUGAAAUCUUCUGAUUUACCCUGUGAAUCAUGUUUACACAGCGCUAACAUUGUAUGACACACUUGAAAGGAUCUCAAGGCACUCCAGGGUGCUAGAGGAUCUUAACUGAGAAUCGCUGAUCUAGGGCCUAGGUUAGAGCAAGGGACAUGGGAAUGGGGACUCCUUUAAUUAAUGACAGGCCCAGAAAUCAUGGCGUGUUGUUUUGUUUUUUCUUUUUUUGUAUGUAAUCAAUCUGUUAUAUGCGAAAACUUUUUCCUCCUUUGUAAGACAAGCUGGCACUUUACCCAUAAAUUAAUUUAUGAAAAUAUAUGAAAAGAUCUUUGUUUUGGUGGUUUUUAAAAAAAUGAAGAGCUCUCAAGUGAUAUUUUUAUGCUAUACAGAUUAAUUGCAAUGUUUCUCAAGUGGGAUCUUGCAUAUAUUUUUUUUUUGUGAUUCAUUGUAAAUCAUUCUGAUUUUUAAGAUUAACCAGUGGUGCUGGGUCUUGAUUAAAAUCUAUUUUUUAUGAUAAA